CCACGGUCUUCACGGACACGCCUACCUACCAACAACCCACACGCGCCCGGCACAAGUCCCCGAGCUGAGCCGCACUGCACUCCAGUGCUGCGCGCACGACGCCACACCACAGGGAGCAAGCAAGCGGCGAUGGUAGAAGCCGGCAGCGGCGCCGGCGCUGCGUCCUGCCGAGGCGGCGGCGUGGUCGGCCCCGCGGCGCGGCGGUGCUGCGGCGGCGGGUGCGGGCUGGGGCGGCUGGUGCGGCGGCUGCGGCGGCAGGGCAGGCAGGCGCUGUGCGCGGCGGCCAGGCCGCCAUCGGCGUCGGCGGAGGCGCUCCGCGGGUGCCAGUACGAUCCGCUGAGCUACGCGCGCAACUUCGACCACACCGGCUUCGGCGACCCGGACGCCAGCAGCCUCUACUACAGCUACACCUUCUCCUCCCGCUUCGUGCUCGCGCCCGGCGCCGCCAUCACCACCUCCUCGUCCGUCGCGGGAGCCGUUGCAGCGCCCGCCGGCAUCAUCGUCACCGCCGCCCGGCCAACCGCCGCGAGCCACUAGCAGAUCAUUAGCCUCUGUGCUGCACUGCUUGUUUUUAGCUCACCUUUUCUCUUCAUGCUCUUUUCCUCAACCUCUGGAAAGCAUCGAAAACUUUCCCGAUCCGAAGGGAAAGCCCGUGGAAUCGAGACGAUUCAUUGUAAAUUAAUAUAGUAGUAGGCCAUUGCUGGAUCA